AUGCGCAUUACAAGGAGACUUGAUGGUGUCAACCUGCGGGUUUGUUGUCCACUGGCACAGAUACAAUAAACGCAACAAAUGGACACAGUACAUGUGACACAUUUGAAGCCACGCUGAAGCCCAGUCUGUCUCAUGUUGCAAAUGUCUUGAACAUGGCAAACGCUGUUCGUGCUGCAGCGUUACUUUUAUACCUGUGGAGUGUUUUCGUGCAGUUCAGUGGCCUAUCAGGUCUUGGGAUCAACGAGCUGCUUUAUUUCCGGGUCAUCAGUCCAGAGGAAAUUGGUUACAUCUUCAGUGCAGCACCUGCCAAAGACUUUGGCGGAGAUUUUACUUCGUUUUAUGAUGAGAUAUUGUUGGUGCCAGCCGAGCCUGCAGAUGCCUGCUCAGAGCUGAAGGACAGAGAAAUCAUCCAAGGACAAGUAAUCCUGGUGGAAAGAGGAGAGUGCUCCUUUGUACAAAAGACACAUUAUGUAGAAGAAGCAGGAGGCAAAGCUGUUCUGAUUGCUGAUAAUGCAGUGGACAAUGACAGUCAGUACCUUGACAUGAUUACCGAUGGAACCUCGGCCAAACCGAACAUACCUGCUCUGUUUCUACUGGGACGUGAUGGGAUGAUGAUCAGACGAUCUCUUCAAAGACAAGCUUUGCCUUGGGCUGUUAUUUCGAUUCCAGUCAACGUUUCCUCCCUUGCUUCAUUCCCUCUGAAGCAACCGCCAUGGACACUGUGGUAGAAGUGACUCACACUCACCCCCUUUCUUAGUCAGUCAGUCAGUCAGUCAGUCAGUCACUCAUCAUUCUUUCUUCAUAUCCUGUCAGCCACGAAUGCACGCACAGCCUCACAGGAAAGCCAUCGAUGUUGGUUAAAGAAAUUUCACACGAGAGAUGAACAGAUAAAAAAAUUGGCCCACGAAGUGGACGAUAACGUGGUUAGAUCACACCUCCACACAGAACCAGGGCCAUGUGGAGGAAACCUCUUUGUUGGAGUUUUUGGUAACAUUUGAAGACAGAGAAACAAGAGACAUGCGUGUGCUCAUUAGGUGCUAAGCUGAAGUUUGAAAUACUUGUUCAGUGCCCUUUUAAGUUGUGCCUGUCCGACAUAGAGCUUCAGUCAUAGCUUAUUUGACAUCAGACGGUUGUGUAGGUGUAAUAAAUUAUACUAUUUUAACUUUUAUUUUCUGUGAGUCAAACAGAUGAGUGGGCAUGAAUGUGUAUUCAUGGUAUGUUGGUCAUCAGUGAGUAGUGAGUAGUGAUUAGGAUGAAUGCAACACAUACAAACUGAAGUACUCUCUGACAACAGAGUCUGCCGUUGAAAUGUGGAUGAACGCAGCGGUUGACUUGUUGAAGUGAAACACGUUCACAACAACUUGAGCCGGUGAGGAGAUGCUGUGAAUUUUCUGCGUUCUGACACAAGCUCACUCUGACAAUUACCAGAGGUUAUACCAGGAAGCUGGCAGAAGAAUAUCAAGAGAAUCUCCAAAGUGACUUCUGUGUGCAUCUGUGUUCAUACAUGCAAGUCUGAAAGCUGCUGCUAUACACUGCGUAUCUGAUAGUAACGUAUGAGAAUGAAAUGUAACAUAGCCUAAAACAAAAAACAGCCUAUGACUGCAAAUGCUAUGUUGCCCACUAUAUGGCAUCUUAGUAUGAAAAUGUAAAUACAUUUCUGUUUAUCUGCAUGAACUAACAGGGUGAAACUCUGAUCAGUUUUUUUUCUUUUGGUAAAUAAAUACGAGAUCACACAAUUUUUUUUUUUUUUUACAGAACAGCAGUCAUUUAUUUCAUUUCUGAUGUACACCUUUUUUAAAAUGGCUAUACAUUUUUGUACAUUUGUUUGUACGUUUGCCUGCAUCACCAAGACUACUGAUAUAAGCACAACUAUGUUUCCUUUUAUUAUGUCGCACUAACAAAUGUAUUGUUUUAAUACUCAUCAGAUGAACAAGUUGCGUGAAAAUAAUGAAAAGUGAGCAGUUCUACAAAUGUUCCUGAAAGGUACGACAAUUUAUGACAAUAUCAGAACAUCUGCUGUUUUUCCAAAGUAUCGAAAUUGUUCUUUAAAAGCUCCAAACAUUCUAUAAUGAAAUAAUUCUACAACUUACUCAACUCACUGCAACUGUUUUUCAAAUGUUCUUAGUUAAGAUUUAAAGAGAUUGCAGCCUGUGACGAGAAGCUAUUGCAGCAAUGAUAAAAAACAUGUUUGUAAAAAAUAUAGGUACAAAUAGUUGCACGUUGUCACUGUAAAUUAAGCCAUUAGUUGCUCCCCUUUUCUUUCAAAAAUAAUACACAUGGAGGUCACAUAACUUCUUUAUAUUUAAAUCUUGCUCAGAAAGUGUAUUUAUGGUAUUUGUGUGGUUCUAAAUGUAUAAAUAUAAAUACAUCCACCCAGACUGGACAACGACAGUCCUCACAACAAAGAUAAACCAUCAGUGUUUAUGUGUUUUCCACA